CUAAAAAGUUCGUCAAUAGGUCUUACCCGAAAGCCAUAAAUUGGGAAAAUCUACUAGUCAAAUUCGUUAGUUACGGCCGACGUUAAGAGUUCACGAAUCACGAUGAGAAAAACCACCCUAGGGUAUGCUUUGCACGCGUUGAUGGUUUUGUCUGCGUUUUUAGCAGUUGCUGUCAUGGGACUUUGCUUGUGGCUACGUUACGAAUGGGACUUUAAGCACUACGUGUAUGAACUGGAAGCUCAAAAAGUUAUGUGGACUGGACCGUACAUUCUGAUCACCUCGUCUAGUCUGGCAAUGGCAACAUCCGCCGUUGGAGUCUGGGCAACUGCCGCUGAGCACUGUCGACUUCUUUUAUUGUUCGCUCUGGGCAGCGGGAUUUCGGUUAUCCUUGGCCUAGCUGGAAUCUCUUACACGCUUAAUCAUGGAAUCUAUCACUCGGAUUUGUUUCCUUGGUUGGAACAACGAUUUUGGGACCUGUUUCACGAAAUGGAUUACAACGAAAGAUCUGCUCGCAUCAUUCGAAUCAUCCAGGAGGAUAUUCAAUGUUGUGGACCUUCGGACUGGAAAGAUUACCUGUCGUUCAAUAAAGUUUUACCUGACGAAUGUCGCAAUCCUGAUACUGGCAACAUAGCGAGUGGCGGUUGCGCGGAAGAAUUCGCUCGCUGGUUGGAACCUAAAACAGGAUGGCUGUCGGGUAUCGCUUUGCUGCUUGCUGUCAUACAGUUAGGGGCCAUGGUAAUCAGCUUAUUGCUCCGAAAAGCUAUUUUACAAGAGAAACGUAAGAAGAACAAACCUGAUUGCUUAGUCCCUUCUUAUAGCGAGGUUUGAAAUUGUUCAAAAUUGUGAACACAACGAAGCUGCUUCGUAAUUUAUUUUUUGAGUUGAAUCGUUUGCCCAACUUAUGGUUUUGAUAGCCGAGCGAGAAUUGAAAUUAAAAAGUUCUGUAAUGUCCAAAAUACAUUCAAUGUUUAUAACACGUUA